AUGUUCCAAUUCCCAAACCUCUUCCAACGUGCAGGACGCGAGGGCCCGCGCCAUCCACUACUUCUGUUCAUCGCCGAUGUAGGCUGGUUCCUCGUCAUCCUCACCGCAGUCGUGGGCCUCUAUCGCUCUUUGCAGUCCCAUCCUGACUUAUCCAAGGCAGCAGUCUUCGCGGUCCUCGGCAUCGUCCUAGCCGCGGCGCUGAUUGCGGCAAGCGUGGAAGCAUGGAGACUUCAUUGCAAGCAUGGGCAAGAGAAUGAGGAGCCAUGGCAGAAAAGUCUGGCGCCGAUGCAGAAUUACUUGGCUGUAGUCUUCCUGGCCGCGGUUCUGAUACCCAUGUACGACCGCCGAUGGGCGAGCCAGCUUCGCACGACCAUCCUCAAGACCAGCGUCGAGCGACAAGAAGCCACCUUCAUGCCGUCAGUCGCCAUCAUGUCGCUCAACACUGACCAAUACCAGGCCAACCUCAAUGGCACUGCUGGACCUACCUUCUUCUUGGGAUGGGAGCGCUUUGAUACGCCCUGCCCAGCAGACGCAGCUCGCAACAUGACAUACGGUCUCCACUACGGGUGCCAUGCCGACAACUUUGUGCCGCAAAGCCUGCAACAGUUCAAGGACCCCGAAAACAACCAAUACACCAUGUGGCUCUUCGACAAUAGUCAGAUCAGGACGAAUGUAUCGACGCAGCAAGUGAUCCUCAGAUUUGAUUCGAGCAACAGCAAUACCACGCGAGUCUGCGACGGGGACGCUCGCAUUGAUCACAUGCAGCUGCAUAUUGCCGUCUUUGACGGCAGUACGCCCUCGGAUCUCUAUCGACACCUGUCCACACUUGGAUCUACUACCACCAUAGCAGCCUACAACGAAUACGCCGUUAGCUUGGCCCGUCGUACAUUCAAGGACAGGCGGGGCGCUCGAUCUAGCAAAGUUUCGACUCUCUUUGGUGCACCAAUCGCGAGACUUGGCUGCACCACCACGGUCAAGCUCAACUUCGACGACUUUGUUGAAGUGCACAACACCGAGGAGCCUGCGACCGACAGCUUGGCUAUGCUGACGGAGUCUUCGGCUUUGCUGGUUCGUACCGUCAAUAAUGCUUUGAAGAAGGACCGAAACUGA